UGAAAACUAUCUGCGGGAUGGUGACACCGGAUGAAUCCAUGAGGCAACCAAUGCCAUCGAGUCAUAAACUAAACUAAUUUUAAGGUAGCAAUUUCAAGAAUAAAUUUUAAAAAGAAAAUAAAGCAGGAGCUAAGAACUGAAGUAAAGAACAUCCCAUGCACCCAAAACAUUUGCAAGGCCCGCCCCCCUCCAACUCAGGCACCCCCGAUCGCUUCGUAACCGCCUGAUUCAUCAGUCGCUCCUCCAAGCCAGGCUUUCACCUCGCCGCUUAAUCCCAAUUGGGUUGGAGCGCAACCCAAUUGGGGGUUAAUUGGGAUUGCUACUCCGGGGCUGCCCGUCCCUCGUGUUCUUGGAUUGGGCGACGCGAAUCGGCUGGUUUUCUUGCAGCUGCCAGCCUCCUUGGUAGAAUCAUGAAGCUGAAAAAUAGCACAGCGGAGGCUUUUAAGGAGAACAAUAUGAUUUUCACUUCUGAAGGAAAUUUCCACUCUAAAAAAGUGCAAGACGAUUAUGGUGCUAGGCCAAACAGACCAGCUGUAGUUCAGACAAGAAGCAAAUGGAUUAUUGGAGAUGUAACUGAGGUUUUGGAUCGCAACACAUGGAAGCUUGGCAAGAUCUUAAAGAUGCUAAAGAACAAUUACUUUGUUAUAAGGCUUGCUGAUUGCAUCCAACUGAAAGAGUUCCACAUAUCUAGCUUGAGAAUUCCGCAUACUCUGGAAGCUCCGCAGAGCAAUCCCUUUCCUGCAGCAGAUAAGGCCACCGGACGCCAACGCCAACCUGCUGAUUGCGCCUUGCCUUGCUCAAGAGCUGCGCAGCAAAUGGGGAGCGGUGGCAAGAAGAGGAAAGCAGCCGCAAGUGCCUCUCACCAUCCUAGCAAAAGAGCACACCCACGGAAGGUCGCCGUGGCUUCCUUGGCCGACAGCUACCUGCACAGCUCUUCUCAGGCCAUAGAGGACGCCGAAUGCUCGGUGGCCAGCUGCAGCGUGAAUGACCCGUGCCGCCUGGACAAUGGCGGCAACGGCAGCGGCAGGCGCCGCCACGGCGCAGGUGGCCUCCCUGACGACGCCAUGUCCGCGUGCCCGUGCACGUCCGGGGUUCUGGAGGAGGAGGAAGGCGCGGUGGACGUGCACGGGCUGGAGCUGGCGGCGUACCGGUCGACGAUGCAGGCGCUGUACGCGUCGGGGCCCCUGACGUGGGAGCAGGAGGCUCUGCUGACAAACCUGCGCCUGUCCCUCAACAUCUCCAACGAGGAGCACCUGCUCCAGCUCCGGCGGCUCAUGUCCUCGUGAUCGUUGACAGCCACAGCCGACAACCACCCUUCUUCACCAGCGUCGUCAAUCAAGUCAAACACGCUGGGUUCGCCGAACCACGUCCUGUUCGAUCGAGCUAAUGUUUUUAUUGUUCUUGCAUGGUUACCCCCUGUCUUGUCUAGUUCAAGUAGAAUCCUGUUUUUACCGGUGUCGAGAUAUGGAGCUAUACACAGAGAGAGAGAGAGGUCUGCAUCUUUGUCCUGCCUUGUGUAUCCUGGAUACCUAUCUUGCUUGUAAAUGCAAACCUGUUUACAAGUUUUCCU